UGAACCACACGUGUAAUACAAGGGAGGCAAUGAAAGCCACGUCAAUUCCACUUGUUAGACUUUGGUGAUCCAACACUUUGUGUAUAUAUUUGGCAAAGAACAAGGGAUGACUGCAUCAGUUUGGCCUAGAAUAAAGGAGGACGAGAAAAAGAAUAAUAAUGUCAGGGGCACAAGGGGCACAGCCGCCGGGAGCAAAGACGGCGACGACAUACGAAUCGGUGGUGGGAGGAGAGAAUAGGACGAAGACGGAGCUGCGUUCGACGGAGGAUCAGGGGAUGAUGCAGAUUGAUAAACAACAGGACAAGGUUCCUGAUCCAGCUGGGAAAGGUGGGCCAGUUUUUGGCGCGGGUAAAGAUGAUGACAAGAACGACUUGGGCGUCACAGGGACCGGCACUGGCUAACGCAAAUUUUAUAUAUUUUUCAUGUACCUUCCUUUUCGUGUAUCGCAUUAAACCUCUGUACGAUAAUAAUAAUA